UCAGAUUUGUAGAUUCAUCUGAGGAAGUACGACUUCCACCAUGAAAUACGCAGUUUUCAUUUUUCUAAUCGUAGUUUUCCACUACGUUGAUGCAUACACAACUCGGUUCAAUCAUAUUGACAUCGACGCCAUUUUGAGGAACGAGAGACUGUUGAACGUUUAUCUGAAAUGCGUAAUGGAAGGAAAAGGGUGUACAGCAGAAGGAACUGAACUCAAGAAACUGUUACCCGAUGCAAUCAAGACUGGUUGUUCGAAGUGUAAUGAACAACAGAAAAAAGGUGCUGUCAAAGUGUUCAGAUAUCUGAAGCAGGAGAAACCAGCAGUCUGGCAGAAGUUGAUGGAGAAAUUUGACCCGAAAAAAAUGUAUAGGUCACAGUGGGAAACGCUCACAAAGGCAGACAAAAAUUCGAAGAUGAAAUACAUUGCUGUUGGUGUUUUCUUCGCCGUUUUUGGGCUGGUGGUGUGCCGCCCUGAUGACGGUCAGUACACAACCAAGUACGACAACGUUGAUCUCGAUGAGAUCCUCAGGAGUGACAGGCUGAUUAACAGCUACUUCAAAUGCCUGAUGUCCGGAGACGGUUGCACGCCCGAUGGUGCUGAAUUGAGAAAAAUUCUUCCUGAUGCCAUAGAAACUGGAUGCAUUAAGUGCAGCAGGAAGCACAAGGACGGAAGCAAAAAGAUCAUCAAUCACCUCAUCAUCAACAAACCAGACCUCUGGAAGCAACUCGAAACCAAAUACGACCCAGAAGGCACAUACAAACAGAAAUACAAGGCUGAACUAGAAAAGGAAGGAUUCAAAUUCUGAGCCAACCCACGGUGUUUUCUAGUGUGAUUUAAUUUCCAAAGUCAAAACGAUCUGUGUUAUGAAUUUCUGAAAUAAAUUUAAUUUGAAUGCAA